AACUGCCGCGCCGCCGGCUCCCGGGAGUCAGAGCCGGCCGGGCCGCUGCCGUCGCAGCGUGCGUGCCAUGGAACACCGCAUCGUGGGGCCGGGACCCUACCGCGCCACCAAGCUGUGGAAUGAAACUGUUGAGCUUUUUCGCACUAGGAUGCCUUUACGGAAACACCGCUGUCGAUUCAAAAGUUAUGAUCACUGCUUCACAGCGGCCGAAGCUGUGGAUUGGCUGCAUGAACUAUUGAGGCGCAGUCAAAACUUUGGCCCUGAGGUGACUCGUAAACAAACAGUCCAGCUGCUGAAAAAAUUCCUGAAAAAUCAUGUUAUUGAAGACAUCAAAGGAAGAUGGGGUCAGGAGGAUUUUGAAGACAACCGUCAGCUGUACAGAUUUCCUCCUUCCUCGCCCCUGAAACCAUAUCCAAAGAAGCUUCCCUACCAAAAGGAUGUUAUUAAAUUUCCAGAGUGGAAUGAUCCCCCACUGCGCACUUCGCAAGAGAACAUUCCUGUGAGGCCAGUGGUAAUGAAUUCUGAAAUGUGGUUCAAGCGUCACAGUAUUGCUAUUGGAGAGGUACCUGCUUGCCGCCUGGUCCACCGCAGACAGCUGACAGAGGCCAAUGUAGAAGAGAUAUGGAAGUCUAUGACCUUAUCCUAUUUACAGAAAACUCUUGGCCUGGGUUCCUUAGAAGAAGUUUUAGAUGUUAAACUUGUUAAUUCCAAGUUCAUCAUUCAUAAUGUGUAUAGUGUGAGCAAGCAGGGAGUUGUUAUCCUUGAUGACAAGUCAAAAGAACUUCCUCAUUGGGUAAUGUCAGCUAUGAAGUGUUUGGCAAAUUGGCCUAAUUGUUCUGAUUUGAAACAACCUAUGUAUUUAGGAUUUGAAAAAGAUGUCUUUAAAACAAUUGCAGAUUACUAUGGUCAUUUGAAGGAACCUCUGCUUACAUUUCAUCUUUUUGAUGCCUUUGUCAGUGUACUAGGUUUGUUACAGAAAGAAAAAAUGGCCAUUGAAGCAUUUCAGAUUUGCUGCCUCCUUCUGCCACCAGAAAAUAGGAGAAAGUUACAGCUAUUGAUGCGGAUGAUGGCAAGGAUCUGCUUAAAUAAAGAGAUGCCACCGUUGUGUGAUGGCUUUGGCACCCGAACCCUGAUGGUUCAGACAUUUUCACGUUGCAUCUUGUGCUCCAAGGAUGAAGUGGACUUGGAUGAGUUAUUAGCUGCCAGGUUGGUGACAUUUCUGAUGGACAAUUACCAGGAGAUUUUGAAAGUACCUUUGGCUUUGCAGACCUCCAUAGAGGAGCGUGUGGCUCAUCUCCGAAGGGUCCAGAUAAAAUAUCCAGGAGCUGAUAUGGAUAUUACUUUAUCUGCCCCAUCAUUUUGCCGACAAAUUAGUCCCGAGGAGUUUGAAUACCAAAGAGCAUUCGGCUCUCAGGAACCUCUGGCAGCCUUGUUGGAGGAAAUCAUAACAGACAACAAACUCUCUAUGAAAGAGAAGAAGAAAAAAUUGAAGCAGUUUCAAAAAUCUUACCCUGAAGUCUAUCAAGAACGAUUUCCUACACCUGAGAGUGAAGCACUUCUGUUUCCUGAAAAGUCGAAACCCAAACCACAGUUGCUAAUGUGGGCACUAAAAAAUCCUUUUCAACCGUUUCAAAGAACCAGAAGUUUUCGAAUGUAAUACUUCUAUAGCCAUUAGAGACAUCUGCUUUGGCUGUUUUGGAUAAAUGGAUAAAUAGAAAAAGUGAACUAUGAUGAAGAAAUAAUGAAGAGCAUAAAAUAGACUACUAAAAUAUAAAGGUUAUCUGAUUUCAAAAAAUGUUGAGCCAUGUCAGUAUUUUUAUAAAACGGCUGUUUUUAAAGUGCACAGAUUAGUUAAAAAUUAUGAGACAAGCAUACAUUGGUAAUGUUAACAUGUCAUUAAUUGUUACAGAAUUUAAAAGUGUUUUCAUUUUUUUUUUCAUCAUUUUUAUAAAAUACUUGUGUGUACAUCCUAGUUAUGGAUGUCUUUGUUACAACCAGGUCUUUAUAUUAAUGUAUAUACUUGAACAAGAAAGGCACUGGGUACUGUUACUGUGAUGCUAUUGACUUAAUAGCCAGUUGUGAUUUCUCCUUUGUAAAUUCUGUUUGUCAUUGUUGCACAAAGAUUUUUGAUAUCUUGUAUUUUAACUGUCUUUUAUUGCAGAUUUUUUGGAUGGCAUGGCACAUGGCAGGUUUACUAAGGUGGUUCUUUUAUAACAUAUAUUUUAGUCGGUGUUUACCUCUAAGUGGUAUCUGCCUGCAGUGGUAUAAUGUUAGUCUUGGCUGGAGAUGGAAAAUUAGAGUGGAUAAAUUCAUACAGUUCCCUUAAAACUGUGAUUCUAAGUGAAAAUUUUGUUUCAUGGAAAAUACAAAUGGGUCAAAUAAAAUGAGACUACUUCAUAGAUAUUUUUCUCUAGCCACCUCAUCCUCUUG